GGAACAGCCCUGGCCGCAGCCAUGGCCAGCACAUUAAGCCCCAACACCACGGCUGGACCCCCAGAUCUGUCUUCACUGUCAGGGAACAUCCAAAAUGCUGCUGACAUCUCUGUCAUUGUCAUCUAUUUUGUGGUGGUGAUGGCUGUCGGAGUGUGGGCGAUGCUGAAGACCAAUCGGAGCACUGUCGGAGGCUUCUUCCUGGCUGGCAGAGACAUGACCUGGUGGCCAAUGGGGGCUUCACUCUUUGCCAGUAACAUCGGCAGUGGACACUUCGUGGGCCUGGCUGGGACGGGAGCAGCUUCAGGCAUCGCUGUGACGGCAUUUGAGUCACAUUCUUUUCUGCUGCUGCUGCUCUUGGGGUGGUUCUUUGUCCCCAUCUACAUCAAGGCCGGGGUGACAACCAUGCCGGAAUAUCUCAAGAAACGGUUUGGAGGGAAGCGACUCCAGAUCUACCUCUCCAUCCUCUCCCUCUUCAGCUGCGUGGCUUUGUCAAUCUCCGCAAAUAUAUUUUCUGGAGCCAUAUUCAUAAAACUGGCUUUCGGAUUAGACCUCUACCUGGCCAUCUUCAUCCUCCUGGCCAUCACUGCUGUUUUUACCAUCACUGGAGGCUUAGCCACCGUGAUCUACACAGACACCCUCCAGGCCAUCAUCAUGUUGGCUGGAUCUUUUAUUCUCAUGGUGUUCGCCUUCGUUGAAGUCGGAGGCUAUGAGAGCUUCACAGAGAAGUACAUGAACGCCAUCCCAUCUGUCGUCCAGGGGGACAACCUGACCAUCAGCCCCAGGUGCUACACCCCUCAGGAGGACGCCUUCCACAUCUUCCGAGACGCUGUCACUGGAGAUAUUCCAUGGCCGGGAACAGUAUUUGGAAUGGUCAUUACAGCUCUGUGGUACUGGUGCACAAACCAGGUGAUCGUGCAGCGCUGCUUGUGCGGCAGGAACAUGUCUCACGUGAAGGCCGCCUGUAUCAUGUGCGGCUACCUGAAGCUGCUGCCCAUGUUCCUCAUGGUGAUGCCGGGCAUGAUCAGCCGUGUUCUGUACACAGAUAUGGUGGCCUGUGUUGUACCUUCUGAGUGUAUAAAGCACUGCGGUGUUGACGUUGGUUGCACUAACUAUGCCUACCCAACAUUGGUGCUGAAACUGAUGCCUAUUGGGCUGCGAGGCCUGAUGCUGUCGGUCAUGGUGGCCUCCCUCAUGAGCUCCCUGACCUCCAUCUUCAACAGCGCCAGCACGCUCUUCACCAUGGACCUCUACACCAAGAUGCGGAAGCGAGCGUCGGAGAGAGAGCUCCUGAUAGCCGGCAGGCUAUUUGUCACUGUAUUAAUUGUCACUAGCAUCCUGUGGGUCCCAUUAGUGGAGGUGUCUCAAGGUGGACAACUGAUCCAUUAUACAGAAGCCAUCUCUAGCUACCUGGGGCCUCCCAUUGCUGCCGUCUUCCUGCUUGCUGUCUGCUGCAAAAGAGUCAAUGAACAAGGAGCAUUCUGGGGCCUAAUGGUCGGGCUCGUAAUGGGCCUUAUCCGCAUGAUUGCAGAGUUUUCCUAUGGCACAGGGACCUGCUUGGCUGCCAGUAGCUGUCCCAAGAUCAUCUGUGGAGUGCACUAUCUAUAUUACGCCAUCAUUCUGUUCUCUGUGUCUAUCCUGGUCAUGCUGGGAGUUUCCUUCUUAACAAAGCCCAUCGCUGACGUACACCUGUAUCGCCUGUGCUGGGCUCUCCGAAACAGUACAGAGGAAAGAAUCGAUUUAGAUGCAGAGGAGAAAAGGGAGGAAGAAGCUAAUAAUGACACCAAAGAAGAUCCCCCUGAGAAACAGUAUGGAUGUCCCAAGAAGACUUGUGACUUGUUCUGCGGUUUGCAAAAGACAGGACCCAAGAUGACGAAGGAAGAGGAAGAGGCCCUGGGGAAGAAGGUCACAGACACAUCAGAGAAGCCCCUGUGGAGGACAGUAGUGAACAUCAAUGCCAUCCUUCUCCUCACCGUGGCCGUUUUUUUCUAUGCUUACUUCGCCUGAACUCUGUCUCGUCCACUGCAAUACCGAUACAGCAAAGGGAAAGUCGCAUCCAUUUUCAUUCUAUACUCUUGUCUCUUGUCUUGCAAAGGGAUACAAGCAGUUGGCAAUUUUUAUCCAAUGGGGUAAC